CUUGAUUUUUCACGCAGCAUUCAAGAAAUACGGAGGAGGAGGUGGCGGGAGAGGAGGAUGAAGUGCGAGGAGAUGAAGGGAGCUGAGGGGGAGAAUCGGGACGGCGAGAGUUCUUUGCAGGGGAGGAGAGAUGUUCUUGGGGAGGGUGAUUUGGGUUUGGACAGGGUGGUGGAUAAUGGAAAUGAUUCAUCGUCAGGUUAUGAGAGUGGCGAGGUUCGGGAUGACGAUGAUGAUGAUCUAAUGGAGGGGGGUUUCUUUGAAGUUGAUAGCAAAAACGGUGAUGGCUUGUUGGAAGCGUAUGGAGAUGCUGAGGAGCCUAGUAGGCUUUGCUCGGUUGCGGUGCAAAGAAGUGGGGAUGUUGACAGGGAUGGAGGUUCUUCGUGCACUGUUGAUUUGAGCCAGGCUAUGAGUGAAGGCUGUUUGGGAAGUGAUGGCGAUGCGAAAAUGGGUUUAGGUGAUGAUUUGGAGGUUAAGAGUUUGGAUAGGAGGAGUGAAGGUAGGUUGGAGAUGGAUGUAAGUGAUGAUUCUAAGGGGAAAGGUUUGUGUGAAAAGAGUGAAGGUAGUAUGGAUAUGGAUAUAAGUGAGGAUUCAGAUGGGAAUGGGUUGUGCGAAGGCUUGGGUGUUGCGGAAAGUUGUUUCAUAAGCAAGGAUAGCGAUGAUCUUCUGAAAAUAAAUAACCUCACAAGUGUGACCUUCAAGCCAAGGACAUCAGUUCAUAGGACAAGCUCCAAAAUCGAUCAAAUAUUUCCAAACGAGCCCACUAAAGUUGGUGAAAUUGUUUCUGAGCUUCCAAAACUGAAGGCGGAAGACGAUAUUCGAACUAACACCUCAAAAGGCAAAGAAUCCCCUGUUUCUAGCAUUAUGCCUGUCCAACAUAUGGAAGAACCUGUGGAACAAAAAUUUGAAUUAGUUCAGAACCCUGGACUUUUCAGGUCAUCUGUUGAGAAAGACAAUGCUAACGAGGUAAUCUGGUUGUUAAGGCAACCGUUGAAGCCAGAAGUCGAGAAGCUUCCAAUAGAUGAAGAAGUGGUUAAAGGACAUGUAGCUGAUCAAGAGAAACCAGUCCAUAAUGAUUCCUCCCAAAAAUUUGAACCUCAACUGAAUAUUAAGACACAAGCAGAAGAGCAGCUUCAAACCCCUGUCUAUAAAGUUUGUGAUCUUAACCUUCUACCACCUGAAAUGAUUGAGUCUGAGGAUGAUCCUGUUUUGGACCAAUUUUAUACUUCCAUGCCUGUUUCUGAAGCUAGAAGGAACCCUUCUGUGGGCCUUGGCUGUAUGAUGGGUAAUAUGGAAAACAAAACUACAAUCCACUCCUGGAUCUCAGAUGACAAGAUGAUUCCAAUGGUUGAUCUUGAAGAUGAUUCUUCAAUAGUGUACGAUGCUUUUGGCUCACUAAAACCUAUGAAAGAACCUAAGUAUUUGAGCAUGGCACAUGUCACAGAGAACAAGGACCUUCAUGUUGCUUACAAUGGUUGUUCUCUCGAAACUUCAGAGUUUCAUCGGACUGAUGUAUUGUGUCUACCGCCCUCCUCUGACCUUGAUAACCCACAUACAUGAAUGGGCAUUCAUGGUGCAGAGGUUAUGUGAAGGUUUGAUUAGCUGACUAAAGCUGUUUGAAGGUGUUUCGAUAGUUGCUCAAUUGUGAUAUAUUUGGGGGAGCCAGGCUUCCAGUUUCCACCUGUUGUGCCUAUUUGGUUAAGAAAUUAGAUUAGAGGGUUGCCAUCCUUAUUUCCAGUUAACAAAGAUACGCCAUCAAAUACUGAACUUAAAGAUCUUCCAGAUAAAAUAUAGUCGGUCUACAAGGGGAUGAAAGAAUAUUAGCAGGCCACACAUCAACAGGAAUUACGUAAAGAAUCUUCUUGCAAGACUCAUGUAAUGAUGGGAAAAGAUUCAUCCUUGAACAGGCAAACUGGGGAAGGAAACUGAUGCAGCAAAAGCUGAUUUUGGGGCAGAAAGACGUCAAAUUUUUUGAAACAAUAGUGAGACUGAAUUCUUUGGAAAGCAUUUACAUGUGUAUUGGCUAUAGUUCUUUCGCUCUUUGUAAAUAUAUUUCUUGUAAACCUGCAAACCAGUCUGAUGAUGGCUAAAGAAAAAUGGAUCUAUAAACAAUCUGGUGUGUUUGAAAACUGCA